AUGGAUGCCGGGAAAAUCGCACUUCGCGAAGAAGAAUCAUUCGGAACAGGAAGUGAUCAUAUUCAUGAAAAAGACGGUGUUUGGGUUCUUUUGGCGUCGCUUCAAAUUUUGGCCAACAAAAAACAAUCAGUUGAAGAGAUUGUGAAUAAUCAUUGGAAAAAGUAUGGUAGAAAUGUUUUUACUCGAUACGAUUAUGAAAAUGUUGAUGCAGCUGGAGCUAAUUUGCUUAUGACUUUCUUGGAAGCACAAUUACCUGCAUUAGUUGGAAGAGAUUUGAGUGCCAAUGGAUUUACGUACAAGGUAAUUAUUUUGAAAAAUAAGCUACUCACUCCAAGUUAAUUUUGUUUAGGUUGCUGUAGCUGAUAAUUUCCAAUAUAAUGACCCAGUUGAUGGAUCUGUUUCAACAAGACAAGGACUUCGAAUUGUAUUUGAAGAUGGUUCUCGACUUGUAUUCCGUCUUUCUGAAACUGGUUCUGCUGGUGCAACAAUUCGACUUUAUGUUGAUUCAUUCAUUCCAGCUUUUGAUUCUCAACGCCUUCUUCAACCAGCGCAAGAUUUGUUGAAACCAUUGGUUCUUAUUGCUCUCGAAACUUGCAAGAUGGAGCAAUUCACAAAUCGAAAAGCUCCAACAGUUAUCACAUAA